AUGGCGGCGGCGGCGGCGGCGGCGGGCGCGGCGGGCGCGGGGGGCGGCGGCGCGCGCGAGGGCGCGCGGGUGGCCGCGCUCUGCCUGCUCUGGUACGCACUGAGCGCGGGCGGCAACGUGGUCAACAAGGUGAUCCUCAGCGCCUUCCCGUUCCCCGUCACCGUGUCGCUGUGCCACAUCCUGGCGCUAUGCGCGGGGCUCCCGCCGCUGCUGCGCGCCUGGCGCGUGCCCCCCGCGCCGCCCGUGUCGGGCCCCGCGCCCGGCGCGCACCCGACGACCGGCGCGCUCUUGCCGCCGCGCUUCUACCCGCGCUACGUGCUGCCGCUGGCCUUCGGCAAGUACUUCGCGUCGGUGUCGGCGCACGUCAGCAUCUGGAAGGUGCCGGUGUCCUACGCGCACACCGUCAAGGCCACCAUGCCCAUCUGGGUGGUCCUGCUGUCGCGGCUCAUCAUGAAGGAGAAGCAGAGCACCAAGGUGUACCUGUCACUCAUCCCCAUCAUCAGCGGCGUCCUGCUGGCCACCGUCACUGAGCUGUCCUUUGACGUGUGGGGGCUGCUUAGCGCCCUGGCCGCCACGCUCUGCUUCUCCCUGCAGAACAUCUUCUCCAAGAAGGUACUGCGGGACUCGCGGAUCCACCACCUGCGGCUCCUCAACAUCCUGGGCUGCCAUGCCGUGUUCUUCAUGGUGCCCACCUGGGUGCUGGUGGACCUGUCAGCCUUCCUGGUCAGCAGCGAUCUGACCUCGGUGGCCCAGUGGCCCUGGACGCUGCUGCUGCUGGCUGUCAGUGGCUUCUGCAACUUCGCGCAGAAUGUCAUCGCCUUCAGCAUCCUCAACCUCAUCAGCCCACUCAGCUACUCAGUGGCCAACGCCACCAAGAGAAUCAUGGUCAUCACCGUGUCCCUCCUCAUGCUUCGGAACCCUGUCACCAGCACCAAUGUCCUGGGCAUGAUGACGGCCAUCCUCGGGGUCUUCCUGUACAACAAGACUAAGUACGAUGCCAAUCAGGCCCGGAAGCACAUGCUCCCUGUCACCACGGGGGACCUGGACAGCAAGGAGCACCCCCUGGAGAAGCCCCACAACGGUGUGGGUGCGCUCUUCCCACAGCAUGGGGGGCACCAGUACAGCCCCCAUGUCCAGUACAGUCGGCAGGGUUACCUGCACGCCUACAGCUCGGACCGCUACGAUGUGUAGCCUGCAGAUGGCCCCUGCGCCACCGGACACUGCAGUCAUUGGGGACAGGACAGCAGAGGAGCUGUGGGCCCUGCCUGCCCAUCCCCCUGGGCCGCAGGGGCAGGGUCCCCGUGCCCGUUCCCAGCGCUACUUCCCUCACCCUUCUUGGGGGCCUCGGGCCUUCCCUGCUGCCCGGACAUCUCAGUAUCUGGUGUGACAACGCAGAUUUUGAGGAUCUGGCCUUUUUUAAGGGGGUGUUUUGUGGCGUGUUUGUGUGUGUGUGACGGGCUAAUGGCCACAGAAGUCUCUUAUUUGGAAACAUGUAACCGCCCUGAACAGGACCUAAUGGUCCCCGGAAUGGCCGGCACCUGGGGCCGGUGGGCUGGUGUCUGGCCAGCACAAACCUAGGCCCGGAUCAGCCCACAGGUCAGCUUGAUGGGGCUGGCUCCUGCCGGCUUGGGCCACAUCAGUGCUGUUCCUGGGCCCUUUCUGGCCUAGGGCCUGGAGUUCAUCCCCAACGGUUGAUGCUGCUGCUGAAUGGGUUGAUCCCGGGUCGGAGCCGCUGGAGCCCGUUGGCUGUGCUGAGGCAUCUCCCCUUGAACCUACAAUGAACUUGGGAAGCAUUUGAAUGAGGGGUUCCCUGCCCCCUCCUGUGCAGAUGGACAGGCUGCUGAGGACACAUGGGCAUGGCGUGGUCCUCUUGGGGCACUGUGGAGUCUCACAGGCACUUGGGGCCGGGGCAGUGCAGGUGGAAGCCCCUGCCCCCAGCUCUGCAACCCCGCAGCCCAAAGCCAGAAGACAAAGCCCUGUUAGCAGAAGCCCAGGCCCUGGGAAAGCAUUGGCUGGUGAGCAGCUGAAGCAGGCAUCCUGGGCCCAGCAGCCUUAGCUGGAGAUUGUGAACGUGCACAGCGGGGGUGGGGGG